CGAUCCCCCACGUAGCAGUUCCGUAAUACAGUUCAUUGGAGGGCGAUGUAUGUAGCGACCUAGGAGAGGAAGGGCACAUAUAGACCCCCCCAGAUCGCAGAAGCCAAAAUCUGCCCAGCGUCUCCGAAAAGCUCAGAAUCAUGUUCCCUCCACGGAGCAAGAUCUGCCCCACAACUUUAAACCGCGAUGUAUGCGAUAAAAAGGCCAUCGUCCGAUUGGCGAGCGACCUGCCGAUUCGACGUUUCUUCUGGAGAUGGUGGCGGUACCUGUCGAUGGCUGGGUCCGCAGGUUGAAAUUAGAAAUUGCGUACACGUACAUAGGCUCAGUCUAGACAACUUGAUCGUUUGUACCUGGCCAAAUCCACGUGGUUCAAGUGAUCGGGUAAUGCGGAUAUCGCGACAUCUACUCCCGGCAAGCUUCUCAGGGAUCACGGCAGGUCGUCAGCCCGAAGACUCCCGAACGCUCCCUCAAUAACGUAAGUGGACU